AUGAGUCGAGCAAAGCUCGAUGAUUCUCAUCGUUCAACACCUUUGACUGAACCACAGAAUUAUUGGGGAUUUGCUAAUUUUCCUAAUCAAGUAUUUCGCAGAGCAAUCAAACAUGGCUUUAAUUUUACGUUAAUGGUUGUAGGACGAAGUGGACUAGGCAAGUCCACAUUCAUAAAUACACUUUUCUUAGCGGAAAUUAACGACUUAAAAGUUCCACCACCACCUUGUGGCUCUACAGUACGAAUCGAAGAGAAGAAUGUAAAGCUAGUCGAGAAUACCGUAAAGCUAAAUUUGACGCUAGUUGAUACGCCCGGCUUUGGCGAUGCUGUCAAUAACACCCGAUGGUGA